AUGUCUUCCAGUGAAAGAGCAUGUAUGUUAUGUGGGAUAGUACAGACAACUAACGAAUUUUCAAGAGAAGGUUGUCCAAACUGCCAAGGUAUAUUUGAAGAAGCUGGUGUCUCUACAAUGGAAUGUACCUCACCAUCUUUUGAAGGUUUGGUGGGUAUGUGUAAGCCAAGCAAAUCUUGGGUAGCCAAAUGGUUAAAUGUAGACCAAAAUAUCCCAGGCAUGUACGCUGUUAAAGUUGAUGGUAGAUUGCCUAUCGAGGUUGUAGAUUUGUUACCACAUUAUAAGCCAAGAGAUGGUAGUCAAGUCGAAUAG